AUGAUAAAAUGGAAAAAAAUUGCUGAUGGUUUAAUAUGUUUUAUUUAUGAUUUCAAUCAAAAUGUUACAUUUUUGAAUUUAAUCGAACCAAUCUGUCCACAAUCAAAAUAUAUCAUUCAUAAAUGGACAAUUAUUUUGCAUGAACAUAAAAUUCAUAUUGGAUUGGAUUCAAUACAUGGAUUUGAUGAAAAUAAUGAUGAAUUAUUGAAAGAAAUUUUUCGAGAAGCACAAUCACUCAUUGCUAAUUAUUUUCAACAAAAAUUAAUAGCAAAAGAAUGGUAUUUGGCAAGAAAAGAUGAAUGGAAAUUAAUCAAACAACAACGUAGUUUAAACAAUACAAUGGAUAGCAUGUAA